AUGCUGGAAGCAACUUUGCCAAACUUGAGAAUGCAUUUAGUAUCAGCUUUUAUCAGCCUUAUUCUCAUCAUACAUCAAACUCAAUCCAACACUUGUAUUGCCUUUGCUUCCUAUCCUGGAAAUGAAACUGACAGGACAACAUUGCUCGCCUUCAAGGACAAGAUGAUGAUUGAAGAUCCUCAAGGCAUCAUGGGUUCUUGGAACACGUCUGGGAAAUGUGCCUACCAAUCUCGGAAGCUUGACGAAUCUUACAAAGGUGACUUUUUCGCUAACCAGUUACAAGCAGGACCUGAUGGCUUAAGUUUCAUCACUGAUUUAACCAACUGCACAAAACUAGAAGUGUUAGAUUUAGGCAAAAACAAAUUCAGAGGAGAAAUUCCUGCUUCUAUAGCUAAUUUCACCGAUACACUUCAGUAUUUAGUUUUGGGAUCAAACCAGAUCACGGGCAAUAUCCCUCUAGAAAUUGAGAACCUGAAUGGCUUACAGGUCCUGACAAUACACAACAACGACAUCAACGGUGAAAUUCCCCAUGGCAUUGGUAAGCUCCAAAAUCUGACCUAUCUUUACCUAUGGGGUAAUAGGAUUUCAGGGGCAAUUCCUUCCUCUCUUGGAAAUGCCACCCGAUUGCUUCGUCUGGCGCUUCAGUAUAACCAAUUAGAAGGCGACAUUCCUCCAAGCCUUGGAUGGUGUCAACAAUUGCAAUUACUGAAACUAUCAGAUAACAACCUUAAUGGUACAAUACCCAAAGAGUUCAUCAGUCUUUCUUCUCUAUCCAUCAAUUUUGAUGUUGCUCGAAAUUCCUUAACGGGGCCAUUACCCUUGAAGUGGGUAACAUGA